ACACACUACAUAUUAAACAACAGUUACUCUGUUCAGUUCUAUUUACAAAAAUUUAAUAAAAAUAAAUUUUGGACUGCAAUACAAUAUCUUUUACUAAUAAAAAAUAUUUUCGAAAAUGUACAUAGAUGCGAAUUACUGUGCACAUUUGAUGGCGUAAAUCAAAAUGUAAAUUUAUUUUAUAAAGGUAGCGUUAUAAUUUUAAUUUUUAGUGGCAUGUGUUUAUUCGGCGGCGCGCGCACUUUGCGUACUGGCUAAAAAUAGCUAUGCAGUGUGGUAUUUAUAAAAAAAGUAAGAAGAAGACAAACAUUUUGGACGAGUAGUAGGAAUACAGCGGAUAUAUUCACAGGAAAAAAAUUGGAGAUAUUAAAAUAAAGUAGCAAUAUGUCCGAAAACGCUGCAGAUUCCAUAGAGGAUGUUAACAAUAAUUUAGCAAAUGAUAUUGUGCCUUCACCACCAGUGCAAGAUCAACAAGAAGCGCAGGCACAAAGUAAUGAACUUUUGGAUAUAGUUUUCACAUUAGAAAGUGAAAAACAGGCGCUGGUAGAAGAGUCGCGCAAGAGAAUUUCUACACUUCGUAAAGAAUUAGAGCAAAGUCAAUCCGAAAAUGAGCAACUUAAACGUAGGGUAAAUCAAUUGGACCAAUCGCUCAAACAGUCAGUUAUGCUGGGUGGUGUGGAUGCUCCCAAGUCACGCCAGGAGCAAGAUGAGCUAUUGCUAAAAGCGAAAACUUUGCUUUUUGAAAAAACUAAAGUAUGUAAACAACAAGAGCAACAAGUUGCGGUGCUCAAGAAUCAAGUGGAGGCAAUGAAGGAUGUUGUACAGGUGACUAAAGAUAUGUUGAAUUUAAAGAACGCAGAAUGCGAUCAUAUGCAAGUCCGUUUGGAGAAAUCUCAACAAUGGAUUAAAGCGGAGAAGGAUAAAUGUGCCAUAACCGAGAAGAAACUAAUAAUAUCUAAAGGAGUUUAUGACAAACUUCGAGCUGAAUAUGACAUACAGUCGAAAAUAUUUAAGGAUUUAAAGGAAGUAUAUGAACAAAAAAUUAAGAUGCUCGGCAUUGCACUUGAGGAAGCUAAAAAGAAAUAGUACGUUUAAAAUGAAAUAAAAUACAGUCUGGUUGUAAUGUACCAAGUAUAUGUGAAUGUAUAAUAAUAUUAAUGUAUAAAUUACUUCCCUAUAAUAUAGUAAAAUAUAUAGAUCGAUUGGCAUAUGAAAAGCUC